AUGGGCGGCAACGCAAGUAAAGUCACCGCCCAGGACAAGGCAAUCCUCGACAUGAAGCUCCAACGCGACAAGCUCCACCAGUAUCAGCGCCGCAUCACCGUCCUGACAGAUAAGGAAACCGCCAUCGCGAAGCAGAUGCUCGCAAAGGGCGACAAGCCACGCGCCCUCCUCGCCCUCCGCCGCAAAAAGUACCAGGAGUCCCUCCUCCAAAAGACGGACGCCCAGCUCGAGCAGCUCGAGAAGCUCACCUCCUCCGUCGAGUUCGCCAUGAUCCAGAAGGAUGUUGUAUUUGGCCUGCAGCAGGGUACCAAGGUUCUGAAGGAGAUACACUCCGAGAUGGGCGGCAUUGAGCACGUUGAGAAGCUCAUGGGUGAGACGGCCGAUGCCAUUGCUUACCAAAAGGAAGUCAGCGAUAUGCUUGGCGGUCGCAUCUCGAAUCAGGACGAGGAAGAGGUCGAAGACGAGCUGGCGGCUCUGGAGGCAAGCGUCGCCGCGGAGGAGGCGGCCCGCAACCCUCCCAAACAACACAAGCUGCCCACGGUCCCCGACACAGAACCCGUCUUGCCCGACGAGCCAGAAGCAGAAGAAGCACAGCAGCCUGUCAGGACGAGACAGGCCAUGUUGGCGUCAUGA